AGCCCCCUUCCACUUUACACAUGUACAUAUCUAUAUCUAUCUAUAUGUUGUAUUAUCUUCAUCUCCAAGUCUCCAUUAAUUCCUCUUUAGCCUCCUUCUCACGCUUCUUUGGUUAUUCAUCAUUUUCUCUGCUUUAACAAUACUACUACUAUUUAACAUUCUCUUUCUCUUGUCUUCAAGUUGCUAUGAUCUAUGUACCAUUUUGAUUCAUUUGGUUUAGCUUAAUUGCUUUGAAAAGUUUCACUUACCAUGGCGAUUGAGCUCUGUUCAUCUGACGAGUCUAGUGUGGGCAUAAUGAGUCCAGCUCGGAUCUCCUUUUCUCACGAUGUUUCACAAACAGGCUCUGUUCCUGUUGAACAAUAUAUUCGAUCAACUUCACCUUCCUCCAGCAUUGAUUUUGAUUUUUGUGUAUUUCGUGAGAGUUUCGAUCUAGAAUCUUCUUCUGCUGAUGAACUUUUCUUUGACGGAAAGAUUCUGCCAAUUGAAAUCAAGCGAAGAAUUUCCUCUGUUCCACUGAGAAAAACAGAGCAACGACAAUUACCACCGCCGCCGCCGCCACAUCCUCUGCCUCCCUGUAACACCACAACUAGUCUUCAUUGUGGCAAAACAUCGAGUAAUGAAUAUGCGAUCCAAAAUAACAAAACAGGAACUCUCGAAUCAUCUGAUGAGAAACAGAAUCCGAAUUCCAAAUCAUUCUGGAGAUUCAAAAGAAGUAGUAGUUGUGGGAGCGGGUAUGCAAGAACUUUAUGUCCAUUGCCGCUUUUAUCUCGAAGUAAUUCAACUGGUUCAUCUCCAAGUGUGAAGCGUAAUUCAACAUUAUCAAAGGAUAAUUUAAAGCAUCAUUCUCAAAGACACUUAUCAAAGUCAAUGUCCUCAAAUGGUUCAAACAGUCAAAAACCACCAUUGAAGAAGGCACCAUACAACAAUGGAGUUAAAUUCAGUCCAGUACUAAAUGUUCCUCCAGCAAAUUUGUUUGGAUUAAGCACUUUCUUUUCAAGUAGCAAGGAAAAGAACAAGAAGAAGUGAUUAAUUAUAAUAUAAGUAGCAUUUGCUUUAUUAGUUUCCAAAAUUAGUAAGGUGUGAUUAAGUUACUUUUUUCCAUUAACAUGAUUGAGAUUUGAGAGGGAAAAAGUGAAAGAAAAGGAUAACUGGGGCCAAAAGCAUGGAGCAUAAUUCAUUCCAUGCCACAUGCUUUUUUUUUAAGAAAAAAAAGAAGAAGAAGAAACAGGUAACAUUUGCUAUCAGUUGGCAGAGAGGAGAGGGCCUGUCCCAUUAUGCUUUUCAUUUGUUUUUGUGCUUUUGGUUUGCCUUACACAUGCAUGUAACUAUAUGUGAUUUCAAUUUGCUUCUCCUUUACUGAUUCUUAUCACAGACAAAAAGUAUACCAGUAGUUUAACCGCUAGUGGUUCGAUUUGAA